AUGCAGGCGCCGGCGAAGCGGGUCUCUGUUGUGCAUGCAGAGAAGACGGCCAUCGUCAGCUUUGCCCAGCGAGAUGGCAACGAGCCGCGCAACUCGUGGCUCGACAGCAUGUUCAUCGUCGUCGCCAAUGUCGUCGGCGUCGGUGUGCUCGGCCUCGCGCACGCGUUUGCCAUGCUCGGCUGGCUAUGGGGCAUUCUUGCUCUCGCCAUCACGCUCGGCGGUUCGCUCUACAGCGGCCUUCUCAUGACGCGCAUGAAGGGCCGCGUCCCGACCGCCUUGGUCUACGCCGACUUGGGCCACGCCGCGUACGGGAACCUCGGGCACGCGUUCAUCACGCUCUUUGGGUACACGUACAUGACGGGCAUCUGUCUCUCGUACCAGCUCACGGCGUCGCUCUUUUUAAAAGAGCUGACGAACGGCGUGUGCUUUGUGUCGUGCGCCACCAUGGUCGCCGCCUUUGUCUUGCCGCUCGCGCAGUACCGCAACUUCACCGAAAUGACGUCCAUGGCCGUCGUCGGCGCCGUCUCGAUCGUCGUGCCCGUCCUUCUCAUUAUCGUGGAAGUGGCGUGGCAUGGGCGGUUCCAGGCGGUCGAAACCGAGUGGGUGCCGUCCACGACGGACUUUCAAGCGGCGACGGUCGCCUGCAUGGACGUCAUCUUUGCCAUGGCAGGCCACGUCUUUUUCGUUGAAAUCAUGUCCGAGAUGACGGACCCGUCGUCGUUUCGCCACUCGCUCUACUGCGCCACGUCCUUCUUGAGCUGGGUUUACUUUACGAUUGCGAUCGUGGGCUACUACUGCGUUGGCACGUCCGUGCUCAACCCCAUCACGCAAAACCUCGCCAGCGUCCUUGUCCGGCGGUGGUGCAGUGCGUUUGUGUUGAGCCACAUCAUUGUCGCGUACGUCAUGGCCGUCAUGGUUCUGGCCCGCAAUAUGGAGUCCGUGCUCUGCCUCGCGCCGCACGAAGACAGCGCGCAUGCAACGUUGAGUCAGCGCCUCUCCUGGCUUGCAUUGACGUCCAGCAUCGUCUGCCUCGGCUUUCUCGUGUCAAAUGUCCUCCCGUUCGUCAACGACCUCCUCGGCUUUGUUGGCGCCAUGAGCGGCGUCACGACCACCUUCGUGUUCCCGUUCCUUCUCGCGCCCGUGCUUUUGUACGACGAGCUCUCGAAACGCCAUCGCAUCGCGCUCUACGCGGUCGCGCUCGGUAGCUCCGCCAUUGCCGUCCUCGGGGUUGUCUGUGCGGUCCAGCGCAUGUCCAACUCGUACGAGACCCGCCGUCCGUUCUCGUGCUAG